AUGUUGCCUAGUAGUCCUCACGUCAGAAAAGCCUAUGGAGGAGAAGAUGGGCUUCUGAAGUAUGUUCCAAAUGUCCCAAAUCUACUCCCUGUGAUUUUUGAAUUGCUUUUCAAGAAACUGAUUAACAAUCUUUUUCUGCUGCUCAGUCAGCUGAUAGAAUUUUCUAGAAACAAUUGCAGAGAAAUGCAGCCUGAUACUCUUUGCAUUGAUUCAUCCACAAUUGACCAAACAGCUUCAAUAGAAGUAGCGGAUUGGUGUAAGACGAAGCAAAGCACCUAUGUAGAUGCACCAGUCUCUGGAGGAGUCACAGGUACUGUGCAAUGCCUUUUUCCAAAUGGUAAUGAACUUUUCGCUUCUCAUGAAGUUAACUGUGGUGAAGUUGGUGCUGGUCAAGCAGCGAAAAUCUGCAACAAUAUGCUUUUGGCAAUAGAGAUGGCAGGAGUCGCUGAAACAAUGAAUCUUGGCAUCAAAAUGGGACUGGACCCUAAAAUACUUGCCGGCAUUAUCAACACAUCCUCGGGAAGAUGUUGGUCCUCUGAUACUUACAAUCCAGUGCCCGGAGUCAUCGAGGGAAUCCCUCCCAGCAACGGAUAUCAGGGAGGCUUUGGAAGCGCGCUUAUGGCUAAGGACCUCUCAUUGGCGCAGAAUGCAGCAACAACAACCCAGUCGCCGACCCCACUUGGAUCACUGGCUCAUCAAAUUUAUCGACUUCUCGCUCAAGAUCCCAAAUAUUCCAAUAAGGACUUUGGCAUUGUGUAUCAAUUUUUGAAAGAACAGAAAUAG